AUGCCACUACUUCCCGCCGCCCCGCUCGAACAGCGCCGUGCGCGCUUCAUAACCCAUCCCCCAGCCUACACCGUCGAACGCCUUUCCCGCGCCAUGACGCAGCAAAUGUACAUCCUCCAUCGCAGCGGGGUCACCGCACUCCGCGAGACCUUCACCGUUGCGGGGUCCACAGGAAACGUCUACACCGUCGUCAUCGGCGCUGUCCCCAGCUGCGACUGUCCGGAUGCAGUAGGUACGUGCAAGCACGUUCUCUACGUCAUGAUGCGGGUGUUAGGUGCGCGGCAGCAAUUGUCGUAUCAAGUGGCGUUGUUGGAGUCCGAGUUGAGGGAGAUUUUUGAGGGUGCGCCGAGGGCGGCCGCCGUUGUCACGAGAUUACCGGGUCAGCGCAGAGAAGAAAGGCCAAAUGUGGCAAGGAAACCACUGGAUGGGGAGUGUCCCAUUUGUUUUUGCGACUUUGAGGACGAGGAGGAGGAGGGCGUCGUGUGGUGUAAAACCCAAUGCGGGACGAACGUACACUCCGAGUGCUGGCAGAAGUGGAAGAAUAGUGGGCCGGGCCCGGCCAAGUGUGUCAUGUGUCGCCAGGUUUGGGAGGAGGACGGGGGUGUUAGAGGGAUCGAGGGGGCCGAGGAGAACGAGAUGGCGUAUCUUAAUGUAGCCCGACAGCUUUGGAUCAGUGAGGAUAGGGAUGUUGGGAUUUACAGGAGGAACAGGCGGAGAAGGUGGAAUGAUUACUGA